CUGAUGUCACGUGACAGCCUUGUCAUGUGAUCCCAGAUGAAUCUGAUCCUUGCGUCCUUCGUCUAGUAGUCGCUCCUGACCACAACAAGUCAACCCUUGAGGACAAUGAGGACCGUGUUGACCCUCGUCGUGGUGCUGGUCUGCAGCUCACCCGUACGCCCUGGGUUCCUUGAGGAGGAUCAAGAUGUCCUCAUUCCAGAUGAGUGGUCCCGUGUGGGGCCGGUGGGACCCUCUGAGCAGCUGGAGCUGACCUUCGCCCUGAGGCAGCAGGGGGUGGACCUGCUGGGGGAGACGCUCCGCAGGGUUUCUGACCCGGACUCCCCACAAUACGCCAAGUACCUGAGGCUGGAGGAGGUCUCCUCUCUGGUGCGGCCCUCUGACCUCACCCAGAAGGUGGUCCGCCGCUGGCUGCAGAGCCACGGGGUCUCCGCGUGUCUGUCUGUCCUCACACGCGACUUCCUGCAGUGCACCAUGCCGGCCCAAGUGGCAGAGGCUCUUCUUCCAGGCGCUAGGUUCCACCGCUACGUCAGAGACGGGCGUUCCCAGGUCCGGUCCUCAGCUCCGUACUCGGUCCACGACGAGGUUCACCAGCACCUGGACUUUGUGGGGGGUCUUCACCGCUUGCCCCCCCGGGGUCAGGAUGUAGCAUCUCAUGGGAGGAACAGACACCCGAAGCCUGGUCUCCACCUCGGAGUGACCCCCGCCAUCCUGAGGGCGCGCUACAACCUCACCGCCUCCGACGUUGGCUCCUCCCAGAACAACAGCCAGGCCGUGGCCCAGUUCCUGGAGCAGUACUACCACGCGGCAGACCUGGCUGAGUUCAUGAGCAUGUUCGGAGGGAGCUUCCCGCACCUGUCCCUGGUGGACCGGGUGGUGGGCACCCAGGGGGCGGGCCGGGCGGGCCUGGAGGCCAGCCUCGACGUGGAGUACAUCAUGAGCACUGGGGCCAACAUACCCACCUGGGUCUUCACCAACCCGGGUCGUCACGAGAGCCAGGAGCCCUUCCUCCAGUGGAUGGUGCUGAUCAGUAACAUGUCGGCCCUGCCCUGGGUGCACACGGUCAGCUACGGAGACGAUGAGGACAGCCUGUCCAACGCCUACAUGACGCGCAUCAACACCGAAUUCAUGAAGGCGGGCGUCCGCGGCAUCUCCCUGCUCUUCGCUUCUGGGGACAGCGGGGCGGGCUGCAGACAUCUGACUAAAGAGGAGAACUGCUUCCGGCCGAGUUUCCCUGCAUCCAGCCCCUACGUCACCACAGUGGGCGGGACGUCCUUUAAGAACCCCUUCAAGAUGACUUAUGAAGUCACAGAUUACAUCAGCGGCGGAGGCUUCAGCAACGUGUUCAAGACGCCCGACUACCAGGCCAGUGCGGUGAAGGCCUACAUGCAGACAGUCGGAGGAGGGCUCCCCCCGCUGACCUACUUCAACACCAGUGGCAGAGCCUACCCGGACCUCGCUGCCCUGUCUGAUAACUACUGGGUGGUCAGCAACAGGAUGCCCGUCCCCUGGGUCUCUGGCACCUCGGCGUCCACCCCUGUGGUCGGCGGCAUGCUGGCUCUGAUCAACGACCGGCGGCUUCUCAAAGGCCUUCCCCCCCUAGGCUUCCUCAACCCCCGCCUCUACAAGCUCCAGGGAGAGGCCAUGUUCGACGUGACGGAGGGCUGCCACCUGAGCUGUCUGGACGAGACGGUCCAGGGGCGGGGCUUCUGCGCGGCCCCCUCGUGGGACCCUGUGACGGGUUGGGGGACGCCGAACUACCCCGCGCUGCUCGCCGCCCUGCUGGACCAGUGAUCAUGCCAACAGGGUAGUCGACGUAGUAUAUUGCUAGUUCUGCUGUAGGCCCGUUCAGGGCCAGCCAGGGAUCAUCUAACUCAGUCAAAAAGUAAGUCUGGGUCCAUCUCAUCAUAGCGUCAAACACUGCCUCCCAGAUGCCUAUGGAACAAUGCAGGGUACAGAUUGGGAUGGAGAAGAAUACCAUGAAUUGCUGAUUCUGUUAUUCUUUGCAUUUCAGAGAAUCUGAAAGAUUGUUUUAAAUGUCAAUCUUAUGAAAGGGAAAGGUGGAUAUCGAAAAUGCAAUUAAUUAAACAUUUUAUGAAUUACAUAAAAUGGGUUUGCUAUUUUACGUACAUAAAGACGCAUCAUAUUUAUGGAGCACAUUAAUUGACUUUUCAGACUUACGCUGGCGACACAAAUCACUUUAUUUUUAACUGUAGUAUAAUAGUAUAAAACUCUAUACUUCGCUAUGAUCAAAAUUGUUGCAAAUAAUGAUUUGUUAAUAUUUUUUAUUAUGCAUAAAAUUGCGCAUGGUUAUUCUCAGGUAGUUUGUAAGUAAAUGUUUAGGGUGCCACUAUCGGAAGUAAUAACUAAUUUUUAAACCAUUUUGACAAAGGUUUUAUGUAUUGUAGAUUUGGUUCGUUGGUCACGUAUUUUCUGUUUUUUUGUUUUUGUUUGUGUGCGUGGGUGUGUAGAGAGACUGAUGGACUGUAUAUUGAAAUUGUUUUGCAUGGACAGCCAAAAGGCUGCAUAUCGGUCAUACCCUGGUAGCUGACCAGUAGCCUGAACGGAUCCCUAAGCUUUAUGCAAACGUUGCUCGACAGUAUUCUACACCAGCAGUGCUGCAUGUUAAUGUUUUAUAAUUGACCCCAACCCAACAAUCAUGAAUAAAAGGAUAUCAGCAGUGAUGA